GGGACAUCUGUGUCCAGAAGAGAGACUGACAGUUGUUCCAUGACAGAGAGAAUAACUCUCUGUACUUGCAGGUUAUUUUAAUAGGUUUAAGUCAUUUUUAUUUCUUCUGCUUCACCUGUUAGAACAUUUCUGGAAGAACAAGACGAUCAAGACAAUAACAUUUUUGCGAACAUUUUUACCAGUUCUGGUAAAAUUUCUCAGGAUGAGAUCUGCCAGAGUAUCUCUUUCCCUGCUAUUUCUUCUCCUCAUUAACAUUGACAUGGUAAAACCAUCAGACAAUGGGGAUGAAGCAGAUGUAACUGAGACAGUCCCUGUGCUGGAAACAAAGUCACCAACCUCUCCCACACCAACCUCUCCCACACCAACAUCUCCCACACCAACCUCUCCCACACCAUCUCCCACACUAACAUCUCCCACCCUACUGGCUACUACCAAAACCCCCAAGACACCUGAGAGUGAUGAGUUUCUGGAGUCAUUUACAUGUGGGAAGACUCGUGCAUCAUGUGAUGUAGCUUUCUGCCCUCCAUGGGAGCGUUGUUUUGAAGGAAGAUGUACCUGUAAACUUCCUUAUCUGUGUCCCACUGAGACUUUGAACCCAGUCUGUGGCCGCGACAACAGAAUCUACCGAUCCUACUGCCAGGUGAUGGCGCUCUCAUGCCGGACAAAAAAAUCCUUCAUGUCCCACUUUGGGGAAAACUGUGACGCAAAUCUCCCAAAAUUCACAAGUUCAAUAGAUGAACAAACAGGAUUAGUCAGGCUCUUCAUUCCCAACAGCAGCGGUGUGGAGGAAUUACUGGUGUGUAAGAAGUUUUGGAACAUGGCAGCUGCUAACGUGGCAUGCAAGGAGCAGAAGAUACCACUGGGUGCAGCAUCCAAAGACUCUGUGGAGUAUAGGAGCUUGGGAACACUCGGACAACUUCCAGAAAAAUGCGUUAGUGUCUACUGCCAAGGUUAUGAAACGUCCCUAGCUGAGUGCAUAAUCUACGACAAGGUGACGAUUGGCAGUAUUAAUGGCAAUAAGAAUGUUGCUACUGCAACCUGUUACCAGAAAUCAACAGCACCAAGAGGCUGUCCCUUCACCUGUGCCAAUGGGAAGUGUGUGACACUGAACCAGGCAUGUAAUGGAAUUGACGACUGUGGCGACCGGAGUGAUGAGAUGUGCUGUAAAAAGUGUAAAAAAAAUGCUUUCCGCUGUAAAACGGGAAUGUGUGUGUAUAAAGAUGCACUCCGUGAUGGACAGAUCGACUGUCUGGAUGGCGAGGAUGAAACAGAGAAAGCCGUGCUCCUACAAAAGUCUAAGUCAGAUGUGCCCAAAAAUUCAGAGUACAUCUCUCCCAUGAAUGAAACUAAAGCCAGCAGAAAAAUCCUGGAGUCCAAGCUGUACUGUGGCAUUCCAAAUGCAACCACAGUGGACGAUGAGGAAGCAGGGGAUCGAGGAAGGACUAGUCAUGGACGAGCCAAGAGGGUAGUGGGAGGAGUCCCAGCAAAGCCGACCCAGAUCCAGUGGCAGGUUGCUCUCGAGGAAAACAGGAGGAUUGACUGUGGGGGAGCUUAUAUUGGAGGCUGCUGGGUCAUCACUGCUGCUCACUGUGUCAGACCUAACCCUGGGGCCUUCAGAGUGAAGUUUUCUCUCUGGAAGAAAAUUCGCGCUCAAGGCACAACUGAUAUUGUUCCUGUUGAGGACAUCUUCAUCCACCCCAAUUACAUUGCCAGCACAUAUCAGAACGACAUCGCUCUGAUAAAACUCAAGAAACUUCCAUUCACAAACAAAUGUCUGCUGGACAACCCGGCCAUUAGCGCCGUGUGUGUUCCUUGGUCCACACAACUCUUCCAGCCCAACCACACCUGCAGCAUCUCUGGGUGGGGGCGAACUGCAGAGGGCAAAUCGGCUUCGGUGUUGCUGUGGGCCAACGUUUCUCUGAUCGAAAACUGCAGCCAGUUCUACGGAGACCGGUUCAAACCAGGCAUGAUGUGUGCAGGUGAUCUGGAGGGCAGUGUGGAUUCCUGCCAGGGUGACAGUGGAGGUCCUCUGGUUUGCAAAGAUGAGCUGGGGGUUUCUUACCUCUGGGGCAUCGUCAGCUGGGGCGAGAGAUGUGGACAGCCAGGAUUCCCGGGAGUUUAUACACAGGUCGCUCAUUACUUUGAGUGGAUCAGGCUUCAAACAGGUUGGCCUGCUGUCACCAAAUUCAACUCCUGAUAGCACAAACUCGCAGCAUGUGGCCACAUUUCAGUAAAGUUGUGCUAUUUCAUUUGGGCUAAAACUGCAUGAUAAAUGAUCCUUUCACUGUUUCAUGUGACUGCUCGGUGUUUGUACGGGAAUUAAAUUACCACUUUGUAUCCAGUAAAACACCAAUAAAAUCUGCUUGUGAAGCUGUUAA